AAGUACAGUAAAGGUAUUGGCAAAGAUCGUGGAGGAUAAUGGUGGAUAUUGGCAUUAUUAUGUUCCUGCAGUGCAAUUGAUGCUAAAUAACAAAGUAUCCAAGAGAUUGAACUCUACUCUUUUUUCACUCAUGUUCGUACGAAGGAUGAAUGAUAUUAAACGUUACGACGAUAAAGGCGAAAUCAAAGAAAUGUCUAUGACUCACGAAGAAUUGAUGAAUAGAAUCGACUAUAUGUCUAACAUCAUAUUUCCAGCUAUUGCUGAACGCAUUAAAGCAUAUACUGAUAUACAGAAAGGUAUUGCUGAUAAGAAACAUUGGAUUAUUGACUAUCCAGAAAGAAGUUAUGUUAUGGUUAGAGUAAGGGAUAGAUAUAACAACUUAACACCUGCCUACCAAGGACCAUACAGUGUUGUAAGAAAAACGACAGGUGGUUCAUAUGUACUGAAAGACGAAGAAGGCAUUCUAAUAUCAAGGAAUUAUUCGCCCGAAGAAUUAAAGUCAAUUUCUCAAGGAGAGUACCUGAAGAUGAACUAUAUGUCAUUGGAGCAAUUAUUGAUCACAGAGGCGAACCAGGUAACAGAAAGUAUCUCGUACGCUGGAAGAAGUAUACAAAGGAUGACGAUUCCUGGAUUCCAUCCGAAAACUUAACUGAUCCUGAGGUGUUCAGUGAAUACUGGAGAAGAUUAGGCAUUAAACCUUCUAAAGAACAAUUACAGAAAGAAAGCGAAAAAUACUCGCCUCCAAAGACUUACAAAAA